AUGAAAGCUUCAACGUUCCUCCCCGGAUUUUCAUUUGUGAUUGUGGAUGACAACUGCACCUCGCACAAGAAGGAGGCGAAGCCUGCCAUUGCCAGCCUCGACAAUUGCUCUUCGCACAAGAAGCCUGGCAGAUCCGUUUCACCGCGACGCACGACCUCCUUGGAUCGUUGGUCAUCGCACAGCAACAGCUCCACACGCAGCCUGGACGCGUCAAUGGCUCCUCCAGACAGACCCGAGCAACGUCGCUGGUCCACUGGUGGAGGCAGCAGCAGCGUUCCCCGAACACCUCCAAGGCGAACCAGUCUGACCAAGGUUCAUGAUUAA